AUGCAAUCUGGACAGUUCUUAAAUUUGUAAAGGCUUGAAAGAUAAUACUUGUAAACACUUUCUUAGAAUGGAUGGGAAUCUCCAAUUGUAGUUAAUGCAGCCGUUGAAUUUGCUAACACCUUAAUUAGAGAUGGAAGAGCACUUUUAAAGAUUGGUAACAAUCCUUAAGCAGAAAUGUUUUUUAAUAGAGCAAAAGAAGUAUAGAAAUUAUUUUAUAGAGUAGCUUACUACUCCUAUUUCAAUUACAAGUGGGAUUUUUUAUACAGUUAACUUUGUUCGUGCAAGAGGUAAUUCAAUUUUACAGAUUGUCUAAUUGUAUGAGUAACAGAAUCAAUAUCAAAAAGCUUGGAUGAAUAUUAAAGAAGUAUUGCCUUUUAUGGAAAAGUUUGCAUAUACUAAGAGGGUAAAUAUUAACGAAGAAGAUUAACUUGUUUUAAAAAUAUAUGUGUAAUUACUCUUUCAUGGAUGUGAAGUAUGUAGAAUGAUGCAUAGAAAAGAUGAUAUGUUGGAUUAAUGUAAUAAAUAUGUAGAAAUUUUACAUCGUUUGGGUAUCACAUUUGAAUCUUUACGAAAUCUAACCAAGGACGAAUUUCAUUAAGAAUUUAAAAAAUGGUAUUUAAUGUUAGCUAAAGCUUUUUAUUACAUAGGGAAAUCUUAAUUUAAAGUUGGAUUUGAAAAGGAAGCACUCCGUAAUUUGUAUAAAUCUUGGUAAAUAUUUGAAUUAAUAUAUGGAAUGGAUGCUGCUGCAACAAUAAAGGUAAGAGAUAAAUAUGAAAAAUUAAGUCAGAAAAUGGAAUUUGAAAUGAUAAUGGGAAAAGAGAAAAUUGAUUUUUAAUAAUUCAAAGAUGAUUUAUAAAAAGACGUUGGUCAAGAAUUACUUAAAAAAGUAGUUACACUUAAGCCAAAUAAAAACUUUAAUGUAUUACUGAUAUAAUUAAUGAAAGCAUCAUAUUAUCUAAUAGGUGAAAUCAUAUCAACAAAUAGUAGGAUAGUUAUCAUAACAUACAACUAAAUACUAGAUGCCAGAAUAUGUGAAGAAAGUAAGAAUAGAAUACGAAGAUAAAUUGAGAACUAUAUCAUUUCAACAGAAACAUGAUGAAACUAACUCUAAAUAUAAGCAAUAUCAACUAAAAAAUAAGAAAUCUUCAUCUAGAGCUGUUUCUACUUAUAAUCAAUCUCUAUUACCUUAAGAAAGAUUGUUUUCACCUAGAUUAUCUAAUGCAACCUAAUCAUAAAGAACAAGUCUCUAUUAGUUGGAUAAUCAUAUGGAUUAACUUAAGUAAAUUAUUACCAUUUUUAUAGAGAACAAUUGUAUACCACUGAAUUAAAAAAGAAUACUCUUGAUGAAUUACUCUUAACAAGACCAUAAAUUAAAUCUGAAUAUGUAUUACCUAAAAAGAAAAUAGAUAAUAAAUAAAAUGAAUCGACCUAACCUAUUAAAAAUAUUAGUAAAAAGAAAUUCAAAUCUAAUAGAUUGAUUCCUAAAAUUCUUAAUAAAUAAAGCACUUAAAUUAUCAAUCUUAAGUCUGAGUCAUAAUAAAGUGAAUUAAAAAUACAUAAGAUAUAAACCAUAUAAGAUAUAAAUUGUUAAUAAUAAUUUGAUGAUUUACAUUAACCUACAACAGAAUCUGUUUUAGUCUAAUAAUAAUAAUAAUAAUAAUAAUAAUAAUAAUAAUAAAUUUUGUAAAUUCCUUUAAUUUAAAAUGUUUUAACAGAUAUGUCUGUUGAACAUAGUGAACAUCUCUUUGCUGAUUUACUUACUAAAUAUAAUUUGGAAUAACUUAAUUUGGCUGCUUCCAUUAUUUAAAAUGCUUAUAGGAAACAUUAUUUAAAUAUUAAAAAAAUUCAAUCUCUCAAAACUAUUGAAUUAACACCAAUCAAUCUUCCUAAACCUAUUAAUAUUACAUAAGUAAGUGAAAAAGUUGAUAGUCAAUAAACAGGACGUAAUUUAAUGAAAGUUUCUGUUAAAGAUAUGAAAAAUUCAGUCAGAAGAAGAAAUUUUGGAUUUGAUUCUAUUGUUAGAGAAAUGAAAAAUACUGAUUCUGAUAAAAGUACUUCUAAUAAAGCUAAAACUGUAUAUCAUAUUAGUUUGAUUAUAAUAGUUAGUUUCAAUUAUUAAAGAAUUUUAUAGUUUACCAGAAUCUGAAUUGUACUUUUUAUCUAAAUUAUUCUUUGACUCUGAAAUCAAGAUUUGGAAACUCUCCAAUAUAUCUGUUAGAGCUUAUAGUGAUACUGAUUCUUAAAAUUAGUAGAGUGAAGAAGAAGAAGAUAUAAAAAAUGAUAUAUCUCCAAGUGAAAUUUGUAUAAAUUUAUAAUAAUUUAAAUUAGCACAUUAAUUACAAUAUAUCAUGAAUAUUUUUGCUGAUGUUUAAUCAAUUAAAGCAUUAUAAUUAAUAGUCUAUUUUAGAUUAUCAAAUGAUAAAUAAUAAUACACUUUUAAUUUCAAAAUUAAUAAUUUUGCUAAUUAUUUAGAUGAAUAUUAAAGAUGGUUCUCAAAAGAUCGUUUAUAAAAUUUUAAUGGUUUGUUCAGUAUUUAUUGUAAUUAAUAAACUCUUCAUUAAUCUAAUAAAUGUCAAGCUAUAGUAUAUUCAGCAUAAGAAUAUGCUCAUGAAAUUGUGGCUAAACUAUUGUAUGCUUUAAAAAAUCAUUUUUAUUUAAUUAAAUCAAUUGUUGGAUUUAAAAUAGUUUCAAUGAAGGAUGUUAUAUAAUAUCAAUUAUAACAUGAUAUAAUUGAUAUUAGAACAUAUUACAAAAACAAAUAAAUUGAAAAAGAAAAUAAAAGAUAAAUGCUCUUAAAAUAAUUUAGAAUUGAUCCAAUUAGAAUUAUUGAACGUUAAACUGAAGAAUUACCAACCCUCUCAUCAUCUAGAAAUAGAAGACAAUAAUUAUUCACAGAUGAAAUUAAAUAAUCUCAAGAAUAAAGCAUAAUGAUCUAAGAAUCUGAUGAUAAUAAAUCUGAAUAUUCAAAAGGAAUCACAUCUCAAUCCCCAACUGAUUAAAAACAUUUUUCAAAUAAUUAUAAAUCAAUUUAGAAUAUCUCGGAAAAAGAUAUAAUAUAAGAAAUUCCAUAAAGAAAUCCUAAAAAAUAGUAUUCUGUUAUUCAUAAUAUAAAUACAGCUAUUAGUCCUAGAUUAGAUAAGCUUAUUUCUUCACAAGCAUUAAUUCGUAAUAGUAUUUAAAGAAAAACUCAAACUCAUGGAAGUCAUUUUUUGGAAUUUUCAAGAAAACAUAAAUUAGGGUUAGUAAAUAAAGAAGAAUAGAUUUUAGAACCACCACUUUCUAAAUAAAAUUUGGAUGAGUAAAUUAGAGAUAGAUCUUAAUCAGAUAUAUAGUUUUUAAAUGAUUAUCUACCUGAAUUUUAAUUUGCCACUUUAACUAAUUUUGAAGAUUAUUAACCCUAAGAAGGACCUACAAUUACAUUUAAAUAUUAAAUUAAUUAUAAAGAAACUUAUUUUCCACCUAGAGGUUAAAUAAUCUAUCCAGAGCCUGAAUAAUUUCUACCAGAAUAUCCAGAUUAAUUUAUAAUGUUGAAUAUUACCUUAAAGAAUAAUAAAUCCAUUAAAACUGGAUAUGUAUUAUAUCAAGAGGGUUAAACGUAUUUAGUAUUUGAUAAUAAAGAUGGAAAUAUUAUCAAAGAAAUGAUAUAAAUAGAUCCUGGCUUCAGGUUACCAAACAGAUAAAUGAAAUUAUAAAUUUUAGAAUAAUUAAAAGAGAAAAAAAUCAAAUUUGAAAAAUCCUCUAUAAUUUAAGAAUUAUUAUAAUAUAAUUAGAGACAUACUCUAAUUCUACUUGAAAGAUAUAUUAGAAGAAUAAAUCAUUAUGAUGAACUCAUAUAUAAUGAAAUAUAUUAAUAAUUAUGUAGUAAUCAAAUUAUACCCCCUACUUCAAUUAAAAGUCUUAAUUAUUCAGAAAACAAAGUAUCUUUAGAAUUAUUUCAAGAUUAUAUUAAAACAGAAACUGAAGAGGGUAUUCAAUUGACUAUUGAAAAGGGCAUAUCUUAAUCCAAUGAAGAUGUAAUCAGUAGCAAAUCUUUCUUAACUUAUAAAUCUAAGUUUAACAUAAAUAAAAAUAAAUUUUAUUAUUUGCACAGACAUUUUAAUCUUAAAGUUGAAGUUUGUUUUCGAGAAACUAAAGUUCUGGAUACAAAACUUUUGUAUUUAAGUGAUUAAUAAGCUAAAUAAGAUUUACUUGUUCUUAAGAAGAAUAUGCAUGAAUUAAUUAGUAACUAGAAACUUUAAUUAAAAAUAACACUCUACAAUCCAAAUAAAAAUUUAUAUUUUUUUAGAACUAUUCAUUCAAUUUAGGAUAUUGAAAAAAUGCUUCAUAUCUUUAUUAAACCAUAAUUAAUUGGUAAUUAGAUAAAAUCAUAAGCAAAAAUGUAAAGAAAAUUGAUAGGAAGAGCUUUGUAAUUCCAUCGGUAAUUUGUAAGUUUAGAUGAAAGGAAUAGAGAUAAAUUUAGUGCUUUAGAUUAAUUUUUAUUAAUGUAUAUAAUUGAUCCAUUACAAUUCAUAAAUAAUGAAAAUCAUAGAUUAUUGAAAUAAACAAUUCUAUUUUAUUAUUUUAAAUAGUAAUUGAAAUUGACUUUGAUAUCAUCAAGCCGUUUGAGAUAUUUUAUGAAAACAUAUUUUCACUUAAAAACUUUUAAAGCUUAAAGUAGAGUUAGUAAUAUUGGUAAAGUAUUUGUAGAAUGUGAAGUUUAUUAGUUUAAUUAAUUUUAUUUAGAUCAAGUAAAUAAUGAUAAUACUUAUUUCUAUUUUCAAAUAAUACCUUAAGAAAGUAGAACAAAAGUGUUUAAGUUAGUUUUGGAUAUUGCUGAUAUUAAAAGUCUAUGUAAUAAAGUAACAUCUCAAAAUUGUUUUUAAGAUAAGGUAUUAUAUGAGAUGAUUAAAAUCUUAACUGCUUAUUUAGUAUGUUAGAGAACAAAUACUUAUCAUGGAAUAAAAAUUCCUUUAUCGUAUAUUGCAAAUCAAUCUAAAUAUGAUCUUCAUAAUACAUUCACUGAAGUUACUUAUGGAAGCAAUAUACUUGAAGAAUAGUAAAAUGCAAGAUCUUCUCAUCCAAAAUUAUCAAUAUUAAUAAGUGAUCCUAUGCUUAGAAAGAAGUCUUAAGCUUAAAUAAUGGAUAUUUAAAUUGAUAAUUUAUAAUUACCUGAAGAAGCAAAUAAAGUAUUAAAAAAUACAACUAUGCUGACUCCUAUUUUUAGAGGAUAGAAAUUUAUAUAUAAAACAACUAAAAUUGUAAAUAAGAUGUAUGUAAUCAUUACUAUAUCUUAUCUAUCUUUAAAUAAAUUUUAAAUUGGAUUAUAUAUACCUCAAACUUGUAGAAAUUUUAGUUGUUAUAUUUCUUCAAAUGAUUUCUAAAAUAUGAAUCCAGUGUUUUUAGAAUCCAUUUUUCCAUCUUUUUUAGUAACAAAAGAGACUAUUGAUUAAUUUUACAUUAAUAGAUGGAAAUUUGCAGAAAUGAAUAAAAUUUAUGAAAUGGCAAUUAAUCAUCCAGAUGAAUUUGAGGAUUUUUAUAGUGAAAUGCGUAGUCAAGCUAAAGCAAUUCCAUAAUCAGAACUUUAAAAAUUAACAGAAAGCAAAGUUUCUAUUAAUAAUGAAGAUGAAUUCUUAGAAAAACCAUAUGAUGAUACUCCUAAAUUACUUGAAUCUUUUAGUGAUUAAAGUAGAUAAAAUGGAAGAUCAUCAACUUAACCACCUAUGUUUGUUAAAAAAUAGUUUUCUAAAUAGUUUUCAGUUUAAAAUUCUAUUGUGAGAUUAUCUUUACCAACUUCAUAGUUUUAAUAGAAAACUGAUAAAAGUCUAUUUUAUAGAAAUAGUCCUAGGAUAUCAAAUUAAUGUAGUGUAGAGAAUCUAUAUUCAAGUGAUAAAGAUUUAUUCUUUAAUUAAGUUCUUGUAAGGAAAAACAAUCUUGAUAUGAUUUCAACUUUUGAAAUUAAAAUUUGGGAAUCACUUAUUGACAGAGUAUAAAUUUCUAAGAAUUCAUAAAAUAGAUUUAUAUUAAAUUUAGAUACAUUCAAAGGUGUGUUGCGAGAAAAUCUAUAUACAUAAGUUGUAUAUUUGGGUAAUGAAGUCAAUGCAUUGUUUGAAGUAUUUGUUGAAAAUGUUCGAAAACCAUUUAAUAUGUCUAAACCUUAUAUACCAAUAAGAUUAAAUGAGAGUUAAAAUUUUUAGAUGUAUUAAAGGAUUACACUUUUCGAAUAACCAAAAAUAGUUAAUUUUAAAUUAAUGUUAAGAAAAGUAUUAUAUAGUUAUUAUAAUGAUGAAAAGAGGAACCUUCAAAAUUUAAAGUUAAAUGAUUGUAGUAUAGAUCAAUAUGAAUUCAUCGAAUCUGACAUUUAGAAGUGUUCUGUAUACAUGCUUAAUAAACUAAAAAAGUAAUUAAAAUUGAAUCCCUUUCAAUUUAUUGUAUAAGAAGUUGAAGGAGAUGAGAAAUGUCCGUAAGUUAUUAAAGUUAAUGCAAAUUAUAAAUAAUAUUCUACAUUUAAAGUAUAUAUUAAGUUUAAUUAUAAAUAGGGUUAUUAAUAUACAUUAUUAAAAAGAAGGGUAUUUACAAUGAGACCAACUUAGAUAUAUGUAUCGAUAUUUUAUUAAGAAAAGAGGAAAAAGUUUUGUUUAUAUUUUGAAAGUAUGAAAAAUUGCAAGAAUACAACGGUCAAAUAUAGUUUAAAGGAAAUUUAGAAUUGUAUUCCAAAUGCAAUAGGGUUAUUAAAUUUGGGGUUGAAUUAGGAAUUAGGAAAUAGAAUUUAUAGUAGUUUUAAAAAUAGACUUUUGGUUUCUACAUAUCAAUAAUUGUUAUGA